AUGUGGCCAUCGUCCACGUCCGAUGGCUGGUCCGCCCUCUCCUCGCUCACCGACGCUGCAGCCAAGGCGGCCAAGUCAGCGCAGGACGCGCUGCCCGUCGACCUAAACGAUCUCAACUCCGUUGCGGAUGCUGCGCGCGCGGCGGCAGCCAAGCAGGCCGCGGCGCUGCAGGAGGCGGCGGAGCAGGCGGCGGAGCAGGCGGCUGCCGUGACGCAUGCGGCGGCAGCACAGGCUGAAUCGCUGUCGCGGCAGGCGGUGAACGCAGCCGGUGCUCUCGAGGCGGAUGUCCUCUUCCCGGGCGAUCCGCCGCCACCGCGCGAGCUUCCUGACGAGCCCGACAUGGAGGAGCGGCUUGGGGUGCUCGCGGCCGCCAGGGCGGAGGCGGAGGCGCUGCGGGCGGAGGUUGGCGCGCUUCGGCAGGCAGCAGCAGCUCCGCCCAGCUCGCCCAACGAUGAGGCGGCAGAGGAGGCUGCGCGGGCGGAGCGCGCCCUCUGUGCCAAGGCGCAGGACGAGGCGGCGGCCGCUGUGGAGCGCGCCGACGCCUCCGCCAGCGCGGCGAAGAAGCUCGCCGAGGCGGGGGCGAGCCUGGGUGCGGCGGAGGAGGCGCUGCGCCGCACCCACGAGGCGGAGGAGAAGGACGCGCUGCUCGCGAGAGAAGAGGCGCAGCGGGCGGAGCACGAGGCGGCGCUCGAGGCGGCGCGGGCCGAAGGCAGAGCGCUCGCGCAGCUGGCGCAGACCGUCGCGGAGCGGGAUGCGGCGCUGAGGGAGCGAGAUGCCGCGCGAGCCGCGGUCGCCGCCGACCGCGCGCAGCUCGAGGAGGCUGCGGCGGCGAGGGGGCGCCACUCGCAAGAGGAGGCAGAGGCCCUCCGCACAGAGCUGGGCGCUUUGAAGGCGGCGGCGGCGCACGAGGUGGCGGCCGCCGCCGCCACCGCCUCCGCUGCCACGGCCGAGGCCGUCGAGGAGGCGGCCGCCACUGCCGCCGCCGCAGGCGAGGAGGAGCGCGCGCGGCUCGAGAUCGCCCUCGAGGAGGCAAAGGGCGAGCUCGCCGCGGCGGUCGAGCAGCUGGCGGCGGACCGGGAUGCGGCGGCCGCCGAUCGCGCGGCGGCGGUGCGCGGUGCGGAGGAGGCGCACGCGGCGCGCGCGGCGGCGUACGAGGCGCGGAUGCAGGAGCUCGAGCGGAGGCUAGCCGAGUCGCAGGCGGGGCGGGGCGGCGCCGCCAAGCUGACGCCGAUGCGAGACAAGCUGCUCGAGCUGAAGAGGCAGUCCGUCGCGAUGCUGGACGAGCGCGAGGCGGAGCUCAGCCGGUUGCGCGCGUCGGCGCGCAGCGGGGCGAGGGAGGCGCGCGAGGCGCUACGCGUGUGGCGGGAGACGGACGCUGGCGGCCUUGAGCACCUCAAGCAGGUGGUAUGCAAAUACAUUUCGAUGGACGAGACCGAGUCGGAGGCGGUGUUCCAGGUGAUCGCCGCGCUCCUCGGCCUCUCACCCCAGGAGCACAACGAGCUGCAGAAAGCGCGGGCCCGCAAGAUGUCCAAGGGCUCGUUCCUCUUUUGA